AUGUCAAAAGAUACGGAAUAUACACCACGAGCAUGGCUCGUAAUAUUUGGUGCAUUUACAUGUGCAUUCUGCACAGUGGGAUUUAUGAACUCUUUCGGCAUUUUUCAAGAGUACUACGCGAAGAACCAACUUUCCUCAGAUUCCACCUCUACAAUAGCGUGGCUCGGAGCUAUUUCAAUCCUGUUCCUCUUUGGUAUAUCUGUUGUUGCAGGAGCGAUGCUCGAUAUUUUUGGGCCAAAGCUGAUGGUAUAUUCGGGAUCAUUGGGCAUGGUGUUCUCCAUCAUGAUGAUCUCUCUAUGCCACAAAUUCUACCAAUUCUUGCUGGCGCAAGGUGUUCUACUCGGUAUUUCCAUGGCUCUCGCAACCUGGCCCAUGCUUGCAUUGGUUGGGCAGUAUAUCAAAGUCAAGCGUGCCGCCGCAAUGGGAAUCGUCCUUGCAGGAUCUUCAUUGGGUGGAGUGAUUUGGCCCAUUGUCAUCGACAGACUGCUCAAGAACCCCAAAAUUGGGUUUCCUUGGACCAUGCGCAUCGUCGGUUUUAUCAUGAUCCCUCUCUUCAUAUUCUCCUGCGUGGCGGCGAAGUCUCCAGAAACACCUCUGAAAAGCGUCGAAAAUCCAGGAACCGAGCAAAGCAAUGACGAGAAGAGAGUCUGCGCAGAUAAGAAAAGUCAGGAUCAGAAGGCACAAGCUUUGGCUCUCGUUCGACAGCCUGCCUUGCAACUGCUGUGCCUCGCUAUGUUCAUCACAUACUUUGGCAUGUUUGCACCGUUCUUUUACACAACUUCCUACGCAGUGGAGAUGGGAUUCUCAACCACUCUGGCAUUUUAUACGGUUUCCAUUGUGAAUGGUGCCUCAUUCUUUGGCCGGAUUCUCCCCGGUAUCGUCGCCGAUCGAUACGGGAAAUUCAACUGCUGCAUUGUUGCAACCGUCUCCGCAGGUAUUGUCGCCCUGUGCUGGACUAAAGUCACAUCUGUGGCUGGUCUUGUUUUGUGGUCCGCUGCGUAUGGAUUUGCUUCGGGAGGAAUUCUAUCACUGCAACAAGCGUGUGCUGCUCAGGUUGCUAUGCCCGGCACCCUUGGUCUGGCAAUCGGCAGUGUAUCAGGCUCAACCGCUCUAUCUGCAAUGGCAAAUGUACCCAUAAGCGGCGCUCUCGUUGAAAAAUAUGGAUAUCUUUCACUUUCGAUAUUUUCGGGUGUUUCACUGCUCGUGGGAGGUGUUCUGCUGAUCGCAGCGCGUCUCGUUCAGAAUCGCAAUUUGCGUGCGAUUGUAUGA